CUCUCAAAUCCCCCUUUUCUCCCUCUCUUCCCCCCCCCCCUCUUCUCCCUCUCAUUUCCCCCCAUCCCCCCUCUCAAAUCCCCCCCUUCUAGCUCUCAAAUCCCCCUUUUCUCCCUCUCUUCCCCCCCCCCUCUUCUCCCUCUCAUUUCCCCCCUUGCUCCCUUCUCGCCUCAGUUCUCCCCGUGCCCCCCCUCACUUACCCCCCUUCUCCCUCUCACUUCGCCCUCUUCCCACCCUCAUUCCCGCCCUUCUCCCUAUCAUUUUCCCCCCUACUCCCUUUCAUUUCCCCCUUGCUCACCAUCAUUUCCCCCUUCUCCCUCUCAGUUCCCCUGCUUCCCUCUCAUUUCCCCCCUUCACCCGUUCAUUUUCCCCCCUUCUCCCCUUCUUCCCCCCUCCUUGCUCCCCUUCCUUACAGGGUGGUUCCAUUGUUCGUGA